AAGAGGAACCAAACCUGUUAGCUUGUUGCUGCUGGCACUUUUUUGGGACCAUGGUUACGUCUUAACUAUGGAGAAAGGCGAUACUGCAGCCCAUGUGAAUCUCACUGCAUUUCAUCGUCUACCUAACCGGUGUAACGUGGAUGGCUUUAAUAAUUGGUUCAAAGUGGGCAAGUACUGCGUCAAAUACUUCAGCAAACCUCUAAACUUCACUGACGCAGAGAACAGCUGUAGGAAAACAGUUCCUGGUGGACAUCUGGUGUCAGUGCACAAUGCCGGGGCUAAUAAUGACGUGCUCUCCAUUGUGAGGAAGAUGAACCCAAAGUUGCGCAUCUGGCUUGGGGCAUAUGCAUUAUUUCAGUCUGGUAAAUUUCUUUGGACGGAUGGUUCCUUCUGGGACUAUAAUGCUUGGACACCCGGUGAGCCCAGCAACAUCUACUCUAAAAGAGAAGAAUGUGUGGAGAUGAACUGGAAAGACAAUGGCAGAUGGAAUGAUUACACUUGUAACACCAAAAAGAACUACAUAUGUGCCUUCAAAUGCAAGAGCACAGUGCAUGAGUAGACUUGAGACGAUUCAUCACCCCAUAAAACCUUUAGCGUAAAUUAUAAAAAAA